UUGCUAACAGCAGCGAAUUGUGUGAAAUUUAUAACACUUUUAUUCCUUGGUCGAUAACGAUACGCGCGAAGCGUGCAGUAGUUUUCUAUACUGUCGCCAGAGGGACGCAAGGAUCACUGAUUCCGACGGUAGAAGGAAUUGCUGCAAUGUACGAAGCAUCUAGAGAAUAUUUCGGAUGGAAAACGUUUUACACGAGACAUGUGGAAGAAAAUUUAUAAAAUUCUCAUUUAAUCAGUGUGAUUAGAUCGCUCAAGUGGAAAAGCAUCGAUGUGUCAGCGUGGAUCAUGUUUGCGGCGCAUGCGCCGCGCUUUAUAAUAUGCGCCAUGUUGAAAUUUCAGUUUUUCCGCGCAUCGCGUUCUAUGUUAAUUGUUUUGUACUUUUCGCGAGUUUUAUCCGUUUCAAAGUGAUUUGAGCGUGUAAUGAUGAACGGUACGGAAUUCGGCGGCGGACGAUCAACAAUGGGCGUUAUUAGCGCGCGCGAUUAUGAGUGAUUUAAUCGAGAACCAGUGCUUAUAAUUUCGCGCAGUCCGCGGAACAUCGUUUUGCGCGUUAGUGUUUCGCGCGUCUCGUCGAGUUACGGUGCUACCGCUCCGCGUUGUUUUGCAGUUUUGUUCGCGUUAAGUGCUUCCGCAUGCAACGAUGCAAUAGACAAUGAACAAUCGACGACAUGAUGCCCGGAUGAUCCCGUAUCAUCAAUAGAGGGAGGUUUGGUAUGAAGCGGCGACGCGGGCGAUCGAGACGCGGAUCAGGGCUGCAGCCCUGAGCACCAGCGUUACUGGCACGAUGCCGCCGACGGGGGUGGCGCGCGGCGUUGUCCUCUUCGUCGGCGACGGCAUGGGGAUGAGUACCCUCACAGCUGCGAGGAUCCUCUCAGGUCAGCGUCGUGGCAAUCCGGGCGAGGAGGUGCAACUCGCGUGGGACAGUUUCCCAGCGGUGGCGUUAGCACGGACGUACAACAUGGACGCCCAAGUUGGUGAAUCGUCGGCAUGCGCGACGGCACUGCUCUGUGGAGUUAAAGCCAAUUACGAGACUGUUGGUCUGGAUUCGUCGGCGCGAUUCGAGAACUGUUAUUCCAGCUUCGAGGCGCGAGUCCCUUCACUUAUUAAUUGGGCCCAGGAUCAAGGCAAAUCGACAGGGUUGGUUACAACCACGAGGGUUACACACGCCACACCAGCAGCUCUUUAUGCACAUGCAGCCAGCCGUUACUGGGAGGACGACGGCAAGGUGCCACCUGCUGCACGUACCUCUUGCAAAGACAUUGCGCGUCAGCUGCUCGAGGACGAGCCCGGCCAUAACAUUAAUGUAGUACUUGGUGGCGGUCGACGGCAUUUUGUGCCCAAAGUGACUUUAGAUCCCGAGGAGCCGGAUAAGGAGGGCAGACGGCUAGACGGUCGAAAUCUGAUCGAAGAAUGGUCCAGGAAUCAUCGUCUGAAAAAGAUACCGGCGAGAUACGUCGCCAACAAGGAACAAUUCGAGAACGUGGACCCGCGAAAAGUCGAGCGAUUGUUAGGUCUAUUCGCCUAUUCUCACAUGGACUUCGACGUUGACCGGAACAUGAACGAUACUGGCGAUCCCUCUCUGGCCGAGAUGACGAUUAAAGCGCUUCGGAUACUGGCGAAGAAUCCCAAGGGAUACUUCCUCUUCGUGGAAGGUGGAAGAAUCGACCACGCUCACCAUUACAACAACGCUUAUCGCGCGCUGGAUGAGACCCUGGCACUGGAGGAAGCUGUCCAGGCAGUUAUGAAGGAGGUCGAUCUCUCGGAAACGCUUCUGGUGGUUACGGCGGAUCACUCGCACGUAUUAACCCUCGGCGGACUGGCGACGCAUCGCGGGAAUCCCAUAUUCGGGACCGACAGCAAGGUGUCGGACGUUGACGGGCAGCCCUACACGACGCUGCUCUACAGCAAUGGCCCGGGUUACACGCAGCCACGCAGCAUCCUGCGGGAAGCUGGGAAAGAUUCCAUUCAGACGGCGGGUGUGCCGAGGGCGUGGGCGACUCACGGUGGUGAGGACGUGCCGGUGUUCGCCAUCGGGCCCCUCGCGACCACCCUCUUCUCCGGCAGCGUCGACCAGAGCUACAUCCCGCACGCGAUCGCGUACGCUGCCUGCCUGGGCCAUCACGCCAGCCGGUGCUCCCGAGAUCCCAUGGACAACGCAAACGCCAGCGACACAAUGAACGCCGCCCCGAUAAGCUGUCCCUCGGCGGAGCCCAACAGCGCGGCGAUAUCCAGCGACGUGAUGAACGACGAGCGGGCGCGGAAUCCGGUCACGAAAUCCGCCGCUGGACCUCGCCGUGCCUCGCUCGUCGGCAUCUCUACCCCGUUGCUAUUGCCGGCGCUGAUGAUGUUUCUGGUGCUCCCGCUGCUGCUGCCGUCACCGCUCAUGACGAUGGCGAUGCCCCUCGUUCUGUUAAUUCCCCGGUGUCCCUUCGAAAGGACAAGUUAAUGCGCUCCUCUUUCGCGUUUCCGGGAUAGGAGGCAGUGAAGAUGAGAGAGAGAGAGAGAGAGAGAGAGAGGGGAAGAGAGAGAAAGAUAGAGUGAGAAAGAGAGAGAGAGAGAGAGAGAGUGAAUGAAGCCUUCCUGUCCCUGCGUGAUGUCAGAGGUACAUGACAGCGGAGAAGCCACCGAAAUAGCCGCGUCGUGACGCGUAAUAAUGGUCGAUGGAGUGACCGCAGUGUAAAUUUGACGGGAUUGGCCGAGAGUAAUCAUUUCGAGCGAGUAGUGAUCGCCGUGCCGCGUGACUCUCGGUGAUCCGUUAAACGAUGGAUCAUUUGCCGGACAACAUCAUGCUGCCGAAUCAUCGAGUAUCGGUUCGAGUGGCAUGCUACAGCUCCCAGGAUUUUCGAAAGGGCGAACGAUCUUGGAGAGUUAUCUAUCGUCGAGAGGUAGAGGGAGAAAGUAAUCUAGUGGGAAGCUCUUUUUGAUGCUGAAGUAGACGGGCGUCAUCCGCAUUCCUCGCAGGAUACCACGUCUGAGCUGACGAAUCGACUACAGAUCGGAGUUCGUAGACGAUCGUUGGAGUAGCACGAAACGUCAGCGAGAUAAAACGAUACCUCUCCGUAAUCCUCUCAUGCAUUUUCAGUAUCGUGUCUCGGGACGCAGCCGAGUAUUUCGACUUAACGUAACUGUCUAAUUGAUACAAGUUCCUGUUUGAGGUCGCCUAAAGGUUCCGCAAACUUUACGCUAAUGACUAGAGCUGCUUCAAUAAGGAGUUACAAGAUUGGAAACGGAGUCUCUCGCUUACUCAUUAAAAUCCAAAAUCUUGGUGAAUAUGGAAAGUUUGUCAUCAUGUUCUCGAUAUAUUGCUCAAUAUAUUUUCCUCCACGUCAUCUUCACGUGUUUAUUUCGGAACAUUUCGGUGAGUCUUGCAUGAGAGGAUUAUAAGGUAAUCACGUACCUCCGACGUUGGUUUACUUCGCGAAAUGUUUCAGAACUGUUACUCCUUUCUUUCAGCUUCUGUACUCUUUGAUUUAUGUUUGGAUUCGAGCUUUAACUAAGACCUUUCAAUUAAAACUAAAAUCUCGUUAAAGGAAAAUCUUGAUUAAAUUUUGCUUGAAAUUAAAUGAAAUUUUUCUGAAAAGUAUAUUAUCAUAAAAUUUGUUUUAUAUCAGUACCCUUGUUUUACUAAGGAAGAAAGUUAACUUGGAAUUAAAUACAAAAUCUAUAGCUGAAGACAGUGAUAAUAAUAUGCUCUGAUGCAUUCCACAUAUAUAUCCAUCCUGAAAAUCCAUUUCCAGGUCUACUUCUAAAUCGACGAGGUAUGUAAUUCUCAACAGUAUGUCUCGACGAGAAGCUUCUCUUCUGCCACGCGGUAACACGUUACAACGAACCGAGUGAUAACGCGCCUCACCAAUGUAGUAAGCUAUCAAACAGGCCGCGAUGCACGAAAUGAAUCAUUGCGGGAGUCUAAGGGAGUCUAGGCAUAAAGUGUAAAUAUGUUAAGAGUAAAGCGGAGUGAAGAUGUAUAAAUACUUUGAAACACGUGUCCUCGCACAUCGAAUGUAAAUUUUACAGGUAGAAUUUGAUCACACCGAACCAAGACGGGCUUCACCUGCGCACAUUGGCACGCCCGUUCUUAUCGCGCUCAUUUGAUCCCUUGCACCUUGCGUGGUGAUUUUCCUAGCGGUUACAAAUUGAAUAAUUCGUCGGUCGGCGUUUCAAAAUUCAUUUGUAACGUAUAGCGGUGUACCACGCGCUACGCGAGAGGAUCACAAUUCACCACCGUGUAUUUCGUGCCGAGUGAAUUGCGGGCUGCAACAGUCGAGAGUCUCUUUACCACUCUGAAUUCUCCUGAAUCCGUUUCCAUGAGGAACGCCCUCGAAUUCGAGUUCUCGUACCCACUUUUAAUGAGGCCGUACCGCGCAUUUUAGAACGUUGCGUGUUCACGAGUACCUGCGACUUUUAUUUCACGCUUUUAAUCGUGGCUUUGAUUUACAGCCUCCUGUGAAUCGGCAAGCUAAUUGCGCCAACGGAUUGCUAUUUCUGCUUUGCAGUUCCGGACGAGUGUUGAUGAAGAUAAAAUCAUGUAGCGGGUGAAAUAAAAACUUGUAUCAUUUGAUACGAGCAGAGAAAGGCAGAGGAUGUCUCGUAAAUGUAUACGUGGAAUGAUAGUCACACCUCACUUCGAGUUUUUGGUGAACUCGACGUUUAGAUUAUCUUAUUCUUAAAGGUUGUAUUGGAUUGUAACAUAUAUUUGUUUCAUUUGUUUAGUGUUUUUAAUAAUAAAUAUAUGUUACAAUUUUCGUUCUCUCGUUCUCAUAGACGCGUGGAUAAGUUUAGCAAGAAUUUUGCAAGAAUCGAGAGCGCUGCUUAUUUGUUAAGAAUAGCAUAUUCUGUCCAAAAUAUCAAGAGCAGAGUUCUGCAAACACACAUACAUCAGACAAUAGCUGCGUUCUGCUCCGGAACUCGCGUCGAGACAUCAAAAUCCCGAACCUCCUCGCAGAAAAAUGAAGGCGCAACAUAACGCAGUAUGUUAACAAAUGGUAGUAUCGAGAUAGGGGAAGGUUUAAAGGACGGUGAAGGAAAGAAAACCGGGAAAUUCUUUUUCCGGUGUGUAUAUCCGCAGGACGACGACGUCGUCUUUACGAUCGCGCGGAUGACUGCGGCAUAAAAAGCAGCGCGAGUAAUUUCUGCCGCGGGUACCCUCGGUUUGUAGAUAUAGACCCCGUAAAACAGUUAUACCGCCUAAGGACGACGAAUGGUCGGGCGGUACUUCUCUCGGUUUGUCGGAGCCAAAACGGAAUUUAUCUGCCGAUGUACUGCCGACUUGUUUCCCUGCGUGGAUGCGAACGACCGAGAGAUUCGCGCGACGAUUACGCUUUUCAUGGGUUCAGCGUGGGCUUUAAUUGCGAACGAACACGGGGGCGAAAUAAGAAACAGGCGCUAUCACAAACUGCAGAUGAGAGGAGGCAGAGGGAACGUGUACGCAACGCGUUAUCUGAUGGGAUCCGAAUCUCCGGGACUCUACCGGAAUACGAAUCACCACAUUGUUGUAUAAAGCCAUAUUUCGUGGAAUUUGUUCGGUAAUAGGCUCAUGUGGAGCGAUGUACCGGAAAAUAAGAUGACUCUCCUCCAAGUACGGGACUUCGAGACGCGGGUAAAUAAUUUCCGAGUUCCGAUCGAGCAGAAGAAAGAAAUGAGCACCGUGCGCGGCAAAUUGCAUUCCGCGACUGUAAAAUAACGAAACUUCAUUUCGCAGUUAAUUCCGGGAGAAGUUCUCUCGGAGUUUUCGUCCGUCCGAUUAUAUUUAGAGAGAAAAGAAAAAUUUCUGAAAUAUUCAAAAGCGAAAUUGCAACGGCCUUCAUUUUCCUUCGAGAAAUAUAAAUAUUCAUUUUCUCUAACAAAAUAUUAUCACUAAACCGUGUGUAAAUUUAUUAUGUAACUUUAGAUCAUUUAUUUUAUAAGCGCUUGGAAAACAAAAAUUGCAUCACCUGAUUAUUAUGCGCUGUCGGAGAAAAAACACUUUUCCUUUGCACAUACUCGAUGCACUCGAAGCAAUAGUGAAAAACUGAACCAAGCAAUCGCUGCUUUCGCUUUGCAACGAUUUGAUCGCCCUCGAUAUAUUUUCAUGCAUGCAAGAUAUCGCAUAACAGAGAACUCAUCGAUCAGUAGCUGUGCCGUCCGCACAAUUGGCACGUUACGUAAAACACGCGUAACCGAAUGCGUAAGGAGCGAAACGAAGGUUGUUACGAGCAUAUUUGCACGAACGAAACCUUUCACGGAAAAGACACACGGAGCCGGAAGCAUGCUCGCUUGUUCGCUGCAUUGUUAAAUGCUAUGCGCGGUACGACUCUGCAAAAUCUUCCGACUCCGUAGUAUUCACGCCGUUUAAAACUAGAGUAGAGAAGUUUAAUCUAGGAAAUUGCUAACAAGAGUGCGUAUUUCAGUCGCUCCGCGUUCUACGGCUUGAGUUACAAAUUACGAAUAAUUUAAAGUUUAAAUCGGUGCGGCCCACGGAACCGCACACUUACCUAACUGCGGACCUGUCACAGCUCUGCGUCCAUCGCCAAGAAGCUACUUCUCGACUUUACGUAAUCACAAGAUCGCGAAGAAUUUCGAUGGUGUUCAACAAUAAAAGUGCGUUAACGGGAACCUGAUUCUUAUGGUACCGAAUUUUCCAUUGACCGUCACAUCACGGAGCACAAUUAUUUUCUAUCAUCAUAUCUGAAAAUAUAAUAAUUUACUUUAAAUUAUUUAAUUAAAAUACUUUUAGAUACUCAGACAUAAACGGUAUGGUUAUAACUUUGAUGCAUUCAUUACGUUCGGAAUUAUUUAAUGAUAAUGCGUGAACGAUAACGUUGCGUUUUCGUCGAUGAGUUCCUGUUGCCAGUCAUCGUCGAUUAUCUCUCGAUCAAAAAUCUCAUGGGGAGAUAAAGUGGAGACGCCUCAAUGCACCACAUAAAUCCAAAAUGUUUAAUCGCACACAUGUGGCGCGUGGUCGUCAACAUGCAAGUCGAGCUUACACUUUGCGGAAUUUAAGUAUAGAUAGGGUUUUAACGAUUGCGACGAAUCACGCGAGACCAAAUCACGACGAGAACGAUACGGCUUCACCGAUCUAUAUAUUUCUGUAAAGAAACAUCAACACGAAUUAUUACGAAUGUAAUUUACUAUAGAUAUCUGUAUACUAUUGUUUCAUAAAAAAGAAGAAAAAAAGAAA